CAGUAACUGAUCACCAAAGCGCCCCGCACGCGUGAGGCUUUAGAUUUGCUUUAAGAUGGGGUAUCUACCCGUAUGACGAUGCCUCAAGAAACCGCUCUCCUUUCCCGACCCAUCAUGGCGGUCUCAGCAUUUGUUUUCUUUCUCGGAGCGUUCCUCCUCGCCAUUGCCCGCAGUCCAUGCUGGGCACAGCCGUUUUGGCCCACGCGCUAUGAUACGUCUGUCUCCUUCCCUGUCUCACAGGCCGAGUUCUCCUCCCCCUCAGAUGUUGGGUCCUGGUGGUGGCCGUUCGAUCAACAGCCAUGGAAUGUUCUCUACCAUCUUGGUGGCAAUGGACCCUGGAUUCAGAAGAAAGAUGGGGUGAUUAGUAGGAAUAUCGCAGCUCCCGAAAGUUGUGAAGUAGAGCAAGUCCACAUGAUGUCAAGACACGGCGAGAGAUAUCCUACCAAGGGCGCAGGGACGAAAAUGAUCAAACUGUUGGAUCGAAUAAAGGCUUCAGGUGUUAAAUUAAAAGGCGAUCUGGGUUUUGUCAAUGACUGGAAAUUCUUUUCUGAUGAUACCGACAGCAACUUCGAGCAGCUCACCUCUACUGGCCAGUAUGCCGGAACUUUGGAGACAUUCACGACUGGUGUCAAACUGCGAACUCGCUAUGAGCACCUUCUCAAGUCAUCAUCCGGUUCCAAUGUGACUCGAGUCUUUGCGGCGGGCUCUCAGCGCAUCAUUGACACAGCUAGCUACUUUAGUGAAGGUUUCUUUACACGGCAGGCGCAAAACUCGACAACUCUUAUCGUUAUUCCAGAGACAGAUGACCUUGGCGCAGACACAUUGACACCCGGUGUCACUUGCUUCGAUUAUGUCAAUGACACCCAAAGUGGCCAUGACCAAGGCAAGCGACAAUUGUUUGAGUUUACCCACACUUACUUACCAGCAAUAUCGGACCGGUUUCACCGGCAGAACCCGGAAAUUCACUUCACCGAGGAGGAGAUCUACAGUAUGCAGGAGAUGUGUGGGUUCGAGCUCCUCGUCCGUGGCAGCAGUCCGUGGUGUGAUGUGUUCACUCAUCGUGAAUGGCGCAACUUUGAGUACGCUCGGGAUAUCCUCCAUUAUUACCGCGGAGGGCCGGGAAAUCCCUUUGGCCCCACAAUGGGUUGGCUGUGGUUGAACGCUACAGCUAAUCUUUUACAUGCUGGCCCCUCUGCCGGUCCAUUGUAUUUUAGCUUCGUCCAUGAUGGCGAUAUAGUUCCCAUGCUUGCGGCAUUUAACAUUUUUCCUGAUAAGCAUCAUCUGCCUCUGCACCGUGUCGCGAAGCACCGCACGUGGCGUACCUCUCAAGUCACCCCCAUGGGCGGUCGAAUAAUUCUCGAGCGGCUGCGCUGCUCGGCGGGCGAUGACUCUUCCAAUGACUUUGAACUGAAAGCGAAGAAGAGAUCCUCUGAUGCCAAUGACGAAAUUUAUGUCCGGCUCAACAUUAACGACGGGAUCGUGCCCAUUCCUUCUUGCGACUCUGGACCUGGAUACAGUUGUCCGCUAGACGAUUUCCUCGAGCUUGUUCGGCGUCGCGGCGAAGAAGUUGGUGAUUUCCGUGAAAAGUGUGGACUUGGAAAAGAUGCGCCUGAUCGCAUCACCUUUUUGCACCAAUAGCAUGUUGAUAUACAAAAUGUCUGUCCAACUUGGGACAUGUAUAAAACCUUUGCAGCAUGGCAUAAUCCCUUUAGCAUUACUCAAUUGUUCAAGAAAGAGUAUUAAAAGUUCUAGUGACAUUGUCCAGCCAGACUUGCGCCAUACGGAAACGGGCAAUAAUAAAUGAUGUUUCUGAAGCCA